AUGGUCAGUUCAGGAUCAAGACUCCCGCUGUCGAUGCUUCUGCAGUCAACAGAAGCGACAGAUGAGGAACCACGAAAGGCAUCUCGUGAAGAUUGGCGAAAGGCGAAGGAGCUUGAGGAGGCGCGAAAAGCAGGUAAUGCCCCGGCCGCCGUAGAUGAAGAGGGUCGGGACAUCAAUCCACACAUACCGCAGUACAUUUCAUCCGCCCCAUGGUACUACAAUACGGCCGGUCCAACACUAAAGCACCAGCGGCCACAAGACGAAGAUAAGCUCCGCUCUGGAAUCGAUGAAUGGUACAAGCGAGGCGUAGACACAUCCAAGCCGUUGGUAACAAAGUACCGCAAAGGAGCGUGCGAGAACUGUGGUGCAAUGACGCACAAGCGCGUCGAUUGUAUGGAGCGACCGCGCAAGGUGGGCGCCAAGUUUUCGGCCAAACAGAUAGCCCACGAUGAGUUUAUACAGCCAACGAUUGUGGGUGAUUAUGACGGGAAACGGGACCGCUGGGCAGGGUACGACCCGGCCAAUCAUCGAGAAAUCGUCGAAGAAUACCUCAAGAUCGAGCAGGCCAAACGAGAGCUGCGGGCCCAAAAAUUGAAGGAAAAUCCCGAUCUAGCAGAGGAACAGGACGAAGAAGAGGACGAAGAUCGGUACGUCGACGAGGUGGACAUGCCGGGCACGAAGGUGGACUCGAAACAGCGUAUCACCGUGCGUAAUUUACGUAUUCGCGAGGACACCGCCAAGUACCUUCGCAAUCUCGAUCCCAACUCGGCCUACUACGAUCCGAAAACGCGUUCGAUGCGUGAUAACCCUACGCCCCUGCUGAACCCGGAAGAGACGGAAUUUGCGGGUGAAAACUUUGUUCGCUAUUCGGGCGACAUUCAGCGACACGCCCAGGCACAACUGUUUGCUUGGGAAGCGUACGGUAAAGGAGUCGAUGUGCACGUGCUCGCCGAACCGACGAAGCUGGAGUUGCUGCAGAAGGAGUAUGAGAAGAAAAAAUCACAAUUCAAGGAUGAGGUGAAGAACAAGGUGCUGGAGCAGUACGGAGGCGAGGAGCAUUUGGCGGUUCCACCCAAGGCGCUGUUACUUGCCCAAACAGAAAACUAUGUUGAGUACUCUCGGUACGGCAAAAUCAUCAAGGGACAGGACAAACCCGUCAUCCGGUCGCGAUACGAAGAGGACGUGUAUAUCAACAAUCACACGACAGUGUGGGGCUCGUACUGGAGUAACGGCUGCUGGGGUUAUAGAUGUUGCGAAUCGAUGAUAAAAAAUUCAUACUGCGUCGGCGAGAAUGGCAAAUCGGGCACCACUAAUCCGCCCGUUGCCACCGAAAGCGCCCUUUCCAGAGAAACAGCAGCAAGUGACGCGGAAUCGCCGGAAGAUGAUGUCAAGUUGGCUGCCUCGGCGGAAGACGGUAAAAGUCGACGACCGGUACCCACUUCCCCAGGAGUGCAGGCUGCGGCCGAACAGGACAAAAGCAGUAACGGUGAAAGCGAUAGUGAAUCCGAACGAGAGCACGAUCGGUCAGAAUCGAAAAAAUCCAAGAAAAAACGCAAGAAGGAAAAGAAACGCCAGCAGCGAAGGGAAGAGAAACAAAAGCGUAAGAAAUCCGAGGUCGGCAAGGUAGAGAAGGACAAAUUGCAGCUUGCUUUAGAGGCGGAGGAGGAAAGUCAGCGUCGUGCUGCACAGGUACUGCAACAGGACGAACGUAAACGCGCGUACAACAGCAUGUAUGACGUCAAAGCACCGACGGAGGAAGAAAUCGAAGCGUAUAUGAUGAAGCGACGUCGUGAGGAAGAUCCAAUGCUAGCUUUUAUGAGCAAAUAAACGUUAACGAACCUUCAGCCAAGUGCACUCGUAACGAACUUAUGUUAAGUGCUUUUAAAUAAUUCAUGAUUUAAGACGUUGGUCCUUAUCAUAAGGCGAACGUAGUUUUUCAAUCAAUCAAUUCAUUCGAACAUAUUUUCAUCUUCAAAAAUGUAAAAAGUUAUGACUGAAAUAAAACGGUACGAAUUAGAGAAAACAUAUGCCAAAUAACAAAAUGCUGAGGCUGUGUG